AUGGUAAUCCGACUCUUUCCCCACUUUGAUUCUAUCCAGUUCAUGUUACAGUUUGGAUAUCAUCGGAUUUAUUUGAAAAUUAUCAUCGGUCUCCUUGCAGUAGCUUCACUUUAUCUUAACUUUUAUACAAAAUACUUUAUCGAUAAGAACACCACAAAAAGCAGGUUAGUUUUGGCGUUUGAGGUCUGCAAAUUGAAAAAAGAGCAUACCUCUGGAGAACGAGCUCAUCCGUACUUCAAAUGAACUUAUUGGUUCGGAAAUGUUUAUGCGGUAGAGCACGGUUUCCAAUGUUUCGCAUUAAACAUCAGCGAAUGGGUCACGUAAAUUUAAUGUUUUUUUUAUUUAGAAGUCCAGUAGGCUUCCAAUGCCACGUGGAAGACUGGAAUAAAGUGCAUAAUAACCGAGUGCCGUUUGAGAAUUUACACUUAGAAUGGGUGAAAGAGAAUGUUUCCCGCAGAGACAACAUCAUGGGAUCCGAAAUUCGGUUGCUGACAGCAUUUGUCUACGAAAGCUACAUUUCGAUUACCACUACCUCGCAGCGGUCUUUUGGGUUAGACUCCUCGAAAAAGAAACUGAACUUGGAACAAUCAGAAAAAGUUUUAAUUCAGACAACCGAUAUUUUGCCGGUAUUAUGAUUGCAAGCGAGAGGAGAUUCCCUCUUCCGCCUAUUCCUCAUUCUUUUUCCCAAUGAAUGUGGUGCAAUGUCCGAGAAGAGUUGGCGUCAUGUACGUGUCAAUCAGCAAUUCCCUAUCAGAAACGCCACAAGAUCCCAUUCCGCUCAUUUUCCGAGUGUACCCUAGUAAGUGUUCAUUCAAUGCUUCAAUCAUAAAGCUCUCAAACUCUAGCACCAGUACAUGAGAUAUCAGUGUGUGUUGGUCCAAUGUACGGGGACGAAAAUAAGUGGUUAGAGGUGGCAGAAUUUGUGGAGCACUACAAGCUACUCGGAGUUCGGCAUUUUUACUUUACCAUCUUCAAUAUGAAAGAGUACAGUCGUAAGAUCAUGGACGAGUAUUUGAGAACCGGAGAGAUCGAACUGACAGUCAUUCAGUCGGAAUAUGCUAAUGUGGAUUGGCAGUUUCAUCUUCUGCAAAUUAAUGUGAGUUUUUUAAUGUUUCAAGCUUCAGAAUUCAGUUAGAACUGUGAUUUUCAGGAGUGCCAUCAGAGAAGUAAGUAUCACUCGAAAUGGGUCAUCAACGUGGAUGUCGAUGAGAGAUUGAUUAUGUUGAAUGGAACCAUCCAGGAUGUUAUCAGAGGGUACAAUGAAUCUGUAAGUGAAGCAGGAUUCGCAGUUCAAAGAAUUCAAAAGACUGGUAAUCUUCCAGAAAAGUAUAUAAACGAUGAGCAGGUAAGUUCCUACCUAGUUCUCUUCAACUAUCCGAGUUUAGAUUACAAGCGAGAUGGAAUUUCUCAAGUACAACUUGUCUGCCAAAGUUUCAUGGGCGGCCUAUAAAAGCAUGUAUCGACCUGAAAAAACAGCUGCGAUGUAUUUCCACUGGGCCUAUAAACGGUAUCCCAAUAAUGUUGUGGCGUACGUGAAAGACACAACGAGUUAUAUAAGGUAGUACUCACUGGAUAUCGGCAGCAGCAGUAUCUCGAACAUUUUCAGACACUACCGUACCAUCGAGAACAAAGGUCUUGGAAUCGGUUGGGUAGACGAUUACGGAAACUUCACUGUGGUGCCGGCAGAGGCAGAGUUUGCUGGUAAACUGAAACAAAAUGUGUUGCAGAAGAUAAAAUAUGUGUACGAUCAACGUGUUCUGAAUUGCGAAGAGAUUCCCGAGGAAGCGUACAAUGAGUACAAAAAGUUCGGGCAUGAACUUUUCCACUGCAAAUUCCGGAAUGAAACAAAUACGUAA